ACUCAAUAUUAUGUUGUGGAUUAAGAAGAAAUCACAAUUGACAGACUAUUACCCCUUCAGUAGAAUGCCUGGUAUUCUGGAUUCUUUUGCAGAGUAUAUCAAUAAGAAUCCGAAUAAAAAGCGUAUCUCUGCUGAAGAAAAAUGGAAGAUGGUAGGGUGGCUCCGUGACCCCAGCGUCAAGCCUUCGAGUCAGAAGGACUACAGCAGACGCAACUACGCUCAGAAGACGUACAGAUGGGACGAAAAUCGUCGACUCCUCUUCGCCGUGGCCAAGAAUGGAAAGGAGAAUGAUAGGAUAGUCAUCACAGUGGAAGAGAUCCUCCAAGUAGUGGAGGCAGUGCACAUCACAGACCACGCAGGGUGGGAUGCAACAUGGAGCCGAGUCAGCAAAACAUACAGCGGAAUUGUUCGAUCAGACGUUAUCUGGCUCAUCACGAGAUGUGGUUUAUGCAAGGUAGACCCUCGCAAGAAAGCAAGAGGAAAUCAUGAGGCUCAAGCCUCAGCGUCUGCCUCAGCGUCUGCCUCUGCCUCUGCCUCUACCUCUGCCUCUGCUCCCGCUCUGCCACCCCUGAUAACACUUCCAGAAGCUGAACUCGGGUGCAAUCGCAAUGACGACGCCACGAUACAGAUUCAAACCCAACAGAAUGUCUUUGAGGGCAUCUCUAUGGAUGCCUAUCUCGACGUCUAUCUACCGGGCUUUCAAGAUAUGGCCCAGGAUGGCACCCUAGAUGCUUACCAGGAUGGCACUAUAGAUGCUUACCUGGAUGACAAUCAAGACGAGUACCUGGAUCUCUUUCCAGAUGCCUUCCAGGAUAGCUCUCUGGCUGUACAACAGGGUGGCUUUCCGUAUACAGAUCAGGGAGGAGUUCAGUCAAGCGAGUGGAUGGGACAGGAAGGGGAUAUGGGCAUCGAUCCCUCCCUACUCACGGUCGACCCGUCACUCUAUGCCAACUAUUCGCCUGGCGAGCCCUCGGGCACCAACAACUACACUUACAACAACGAAUCCGGUCAAUAGAUCGCGGAACACAACCCCACGGCCGCCACGAUGCAUAAACAUGGGUGACACAAGGGUUAGAAUGGUGCUGAGGAGGAGUUUAAUGAUAUUUUCUGUGUCAAGGGCGGGGUUUUCAGCUCUCAUGAGCUUCUGAUGGGUCAAUGCCCAUCCAAUUAUUGCAUGUAUAGCUGCUUUGGCGUGGAAUAUAAGAAAACCCGUGGGCCUGUUUCCCUUUUUUUUCCAGGAUGUUAGCUUAACUAGGAUGUCAGAUUGUUACUCAAUUGGAUUUUUUGUUUCAUGGU